GAUCUGUCUCUCCGCUAAACUGUGGGAUCGCACACCUCUCCAGGUCGUUGUCGCUAAACUUUUAAUUGCUUUGCUCAGUGCUCAUUCACUUGCCAAUUCCCUUAACACCCCUAAACCGACACUAUCGCACCUUCCUUAUCAGUCGCUCGAAAAAUGAAAUUGAAAAGAAAAGAUGAUUCUGUGGAGAUGGCAGCGGCUUUUUUUCAGUCACAGAAGAAUGUAUUUGCCAGUUGCUGAGAGUUUUUGUUCAAGACGAGACGAAAAUUUUUGGUGAAGCAAUGAGAGCGAAAAGUCAUGAAAUAUGCCAACAAUGAGAAAAAAAAUCAAAUGCAAUGGUUUGUGCUGCGUCGACAAUAUCCAUUGGCAUCAACACUGGGCUAUUGCAUUUUGCAUUCAAAAGCUAAAUUUUAGAUUUGAAAUUUAAGCAAUAAAUAUUUAUAUUCA